UGACAGCUGUCAGCUGAUUAUUUGACAAAGUUCGAGAAGAGAGUUUGCGUGUUUUUCUGCCGUUCUCAAAACUUGCUCGAAGUGUUUGUAAACUUGUCUUUAUUGUGCAAUUAUGGAGAAGCCAACUGUGACUGAUCAGCCCCCGCCCUACACCCCUGGCCCCAACCCAGGUGGUCCCCAACCUCAGGGCCAGCCGGCACCGGGAGUGUACACGGCGCAGCCCGGAGCCUACCCGCAGCAGGGAGCCUACCCGCCCCCGCCCCCCGGCUACACCCCCUACGGACCGCCACCACCGGGCUCGGCCUUCGUGCCCAACUACGGAGCCACCAACAUCAUCAUUCCACCACCAAUCAUUGCAGUGGGAGCCUGCCCCGCCUGCCGUGUUGGCAUUCUCGAAGAUGACUUCACAUGUCUGGGUAUUCUCUGUGCUAUUCUGUUCUUCCCAAUUGGUAUCCUCUGCUGCCUCGCUCUGAAGAACAGGAGAUGCUCCAACUGCGGAGCCUAUUUCGGUUAAACUGACUGGUUAGUAAACUGAGAAGUAUGAACAUUACUUUGGGAUGUGUGUUGCUACAAAUAACAAUAAUUCCAGGCAACUGCACUCACUGUUUCUGAGUACCACAUAAUAGUUUCUUAAAAUUCUAAAAUUCAACUCCAGAAACGGAAAAGUAAUUGUUCUUCUGUUAAUUUGUUUGACUGAUGGACAGUCAGAGUCUAUCCCAACAUUACAUAAUAUCUAUGUAUACACUAUACAGUAUAAAAAACCUAUUUAAAGUAUAAUUAUAUAUGACAUGUUUUUCCACAGAUCAAAUAUAGUUUAUUCCAUAGACCUAUAAUUAUUAUUAUAGUUUAAUAGUGUUAAGUUUUAUGUAUUCAUACAUAUUCAGCAUAUCUUCCUCAGUUAACAAAAGUGUUAUUUUAGAUUUGUUAAUUAUUAUGAAGCAGAUGGAAUAGUUAAUUAUGUUCUAAACUGAGGUGAGAUACCAAAUUGAUUCUCACAUUAGAGGUUUUGAAGAAAAUAAUUAUUUUAAGACACAAUUUACUGCACAUUCUUUUCAUUUUAAUUUUGUGUGCAUUUUAUAGUUUAGAAUGUAGGAUAAGAAAAUGAUUUAUGUUUAUCAAGAUAUGUAUGAUACCUUAGUUGAAGUUAAAAUUCUGCUUUUAAUUUCACUAUUUAAUUUUAUUAUCAAUAUAUUGUUUUCCUAUUACCAAUGCUACAUUCAAUCAGCCGUCCAACUGUAUUGUACGUAGAUCCAAUCCAUAUGAAGCAUCACAAAUUUCAAUACUUACUGAAUUUAUUUAAUUCCUUAUAUUUAAAUACUUUGGAUAUUUAAUUUGUUGAAAGUAUUGCUCAACAUCGUUAAAUGUAAGAUAAGCUAAAAUUAAAUAUCCUUAGUAAAUGAGUCAUACAACAAUAGAUUACUGAUUUAUCUGAUAAUAGCAAAACAAUCCGUAUUCUAUUAAACUGAUAAAUAUGAUUCAAAAUUGAAUGAAAAUGAAUUAAAUAGAUUAUUACACAUUAUACAGGGCGGAAUUUUAUCGUUGAAAUUGCUAAUAAAAAAUUAAGGUCAGAUUCUACCACAGUAACGCCAGUUUUAUUAAGAGCUGUCAAGGGGAGGUCAAAUGCCCUACAAAAGUUUCAAAUUCUAAGAAUUCUUUAAACGUGUUUUUUUUGUUGGAUAUAUUUAGGUAUUGUGAAGGGAAGUUUUAAUUAAACACUCACCUCAAUAUUAUUUACAAAGUGAUUUAUUGAAGUAUUCAUGAUGUGCCACUUAUCCAUGCAAAAUAAUUAUUUUAAAACCACAAGUUGUUUUAGCGUGGCGUUAUUUAUAUAUUACAAUUGAAAUUCAUCUACAGGAAAUAAGUAAUUAAAAUACCUAUGUAUAAUUUUAUUACUUAGUGCCUUUCGUAACAUAUUUAGUAUGCAAAAAUACAUUAAGAUUGAUUGAUGAUUUAUUAUAUUUAAUUAAGGGCAUGGUUAAUUAUCUUUAUUUGAUAAGUAUGCAUAAUGUACAAGUAUGAACAUUCAAUUAAAGUUUAUUAUGAUCGUCAUUUACUUACUCUUAUAAGUAACUUGUUACUAUAAAGAUGAAACAGCCAUAAAAUGCCUUCUAGAUAUUAGGUAUUGUCAAAGUUUAUACAUGUAUGAUAAGUAUAAUAUAUCAUAUUAUAUCGUUUGUAUGGAACACUGGAGCGAUACAGAGUAAAAUGUAAAUAAAUAAUAAUAUUAUUACAUAUAAUAUUGAAUUUAUAUAGAAUUUUUGAAAUAAAGUUGAAAAUAAAAAAGUU